AUGACUGAUCCCCGAGAGACUGAGACUGAUCAUGGCUCAUCACCGCGUCUGGAAUCCGCGUACCUGGCUCCCAUGACGGGAUGGAGACUCUGGGUGACCAUCCUAGCGCUGUUCCUGGGACUCCUGCUAUCUACCCUGGAAACGACGAUCGUCUCGACAGCCCUCGUCACCAUUGCCUCGGAGCUGGGUAACUACGACAAGUCAAACUGGAUUGUGGUGUCCUAUCUCUUCUCCUAUACUGGCUUCCUCAUCAUCUACGCCAGAUGCAGUGACAUAUUUGGUCGAAAGUCCACCUUCCUCAGUGCACUGGUAAUCUUCACAGUGUUCUCCAUUGCGUGUGGAGUGGCUCGUACGAUAGACCAAUUGAUUGUGUUCCGCGCGCUGCAAGGCAUUGGAGGCGCCGGAAUCUACAGCAUGGCCAUGGCUGUCAUGGCCGAAGUAACUCCUGUUGAUGUGAUCGGCCCAGUCACCGGUCUGAUGAGUUCCAUCUUUGCCCUCUCCAGCAUCCUGGGUCCCAUCCUCGGGGGUGUACUCACUUCCCGUACGACCUGGCGGUGGGUAUUCUACUUGAACAUUCCCGGUGGCGGUCUCGCAAUAGGGCUUGUCAUUUGGGUCUUUCCCCGGAACUACGGGCCGCUCCACAUUUCAAUAUCGAGCCUGAAUCGCCUUGACUGGCCGGGAAUUGUGCUGUCUCUGGCAGGGUCGAUAUUCCUCAUCCUUGCGCUGGAAGAAGGCGGCGGCGACUAUGGGUGGAACAGUGGCCUGAUUAUCGCCUCCUUCGCUCUGUGUGGAAUCUGUUGGAUUGCCUUCACGAUCUGGGAGGUAUUGUUGGGAUUUGCUGCACAUAAGAAGAACCUUGGGUUUUCCUUUGCUCGGGUGAUGCUGCCUGUGUUCCCAGUCUGGCUCAUCAGGCGUCGAAUCGUCACUGCGUGUUUACUAUCUGCAUUUCUCGCCGGCUUCCCAUUUAUGGUCCUCAUCGUGUACCUCCCACAGCGCUUCCAGAUCCAGGACGGCCUGACCCCGGUGGCGUCGGGAAUCCGCAUGCUCCCACUGCUCCUCCUCUCUGCCUUCGGAGCGGGUCUGGGUGGCAUGGUCAACAGCCGGAAGAAUAUCUCAUUCUACACGCUACUGGGGGGUGUGUCCCUCCAGCUCUUAGGGCUAGGGCUGAUGACGACCCUUCCUACCGCAGGGAGCGUCUCGCCCGCCCAGUAUGGAUAUCAGGUGAUUUUAGGACUGGGGUUUGGGCUCACCCUGACAAGUCUGGUCAUAAUCUCGCGGCUGGAGGUCGACGCUAGCGAUCUCGCAAUUAUGAUGGGCGCCGUAACGCAGGUGCGCGUGCUUGGAGGCACCGUCGGCGUCUCGAUCGGGCAGACGCUGCUGACUCGGUGUCUCCGGAGAGAACUGCCACGCAUCCUGUCGCCUCACGAGAUGAGCGUCCUGCUCUUGGAUGUAGCGAGAAUGGCUGACCUGAGCCCUACCAAGCGAGUGGCAGUGGGUGCAGUCUACGGACACGCGUUCAAUCAGCAGAUCCAAGUGGUCUUGUACCUCACGGGGGCGUGCUGGAUCUGCGUGCUCGGGACAUUCAAGAGACGACCGGUGGAGUUUAAAGACGCAGACAGGAUGCAGCCGCACAACCGGGACUUGAAUCAUGCGCAAGAGGCAGGGUAA